UUCUUGGCGUUUGAAGAUAUAUAGAGUCAAUUAUAUUGAGUAAAAUGCAGUCCGUAGGCAAUCUUAGUCGACUUAUUGUCUUAUAGAAUAAGUAAUCGAGUAAAUAAAUUGAGAACAUAUGAACUUGGCUCGGUUUGUGUCAUAAGCCGUCAACCACGCCCCCUGGAAGUUAAACUGGGAUUCCCUUUGCUGUCACGAGAAAGAUUCCGAAUUCUGAACUGCCGAGAUUUGAAACGAUGCUUUGGCUGCACAAGACAUGAAAUUGAAAUCAUCCUGCGGGUGUCCGGUGAAAAACUAAAAACAAAAAUCCUGGAAUCGAGGACUUUAGUCGCACGGACAGUGUUAUGAAACCCGGGAUCCUUGGGUUUCACAACAGGGCGGAAGGCUGCUCCCUCAUCCAAUCAAGUCGCACGCUCUGGCGUCACGUGACUUUUUAUUUAUGUAAUGUAAUGGUGUUACACAGUAACCUAGCUUCGUGGAUUUGGAUGCAUCCUUACCGGGUUAAAAGCGGACACGGACGACCAAAGUGAGAUAAAAACAAUUCAUGUACCUUUUUUACCGGCCCGGUCAGUGCGGGUUUUUCAGAGUUUGGAGCAUCGAGGAAAGAAGCGUGUCCGACCCGGGGAGCUCAACCUAUCCGAAAAGGGAAGAUGCUGCUCGUCCCGAACCAAAGACGGAGAAAAGACUCGAAAAGACAAUGUCAAUGAACAGCCCCUUUAUUCGAAAAGUAAACUUGUGAAGUGAGCUGACGGGGCUCAGACCAAACGGCGACGGGGACCGAAAACCCGGUUCUGGUUCGAACGGAUGUUGGGGCACGUUUGAUUUUUUUUUUUUUUUGGUGUAGCCUAUUGCUGAGCCGUCGCUAUGGUACUGGAAAGAUCCGUGCAAUAAUAAUAAAAACCCCCGGAGAGGCUUGCUGUCUGGAUUGCUUUGACGGACAAAAGCCACGUCGCGCUGACCCACACGGCCCGUUUAAAGAUGGAUCUGCUGGAGUGUCCGCACUGCCUCCUGCUGAUGUCCGAGCCGGUGACCAUGGCGUGCGGCCACUCGUUCUGCCGGAGGUGCGUCGGGGGCUACCUCCCCUCCAAAUGCCCCCUGUGCAAGGAGAGGUUAAAACACAAGGAGGCGAAGGCCAUGAGGAACAACGUCCUGCUCAUCAGCGUGGUCGAAAAGUGCUGCCCCGACGAGACCAGGGUCAAGUGCCAAAUUCAGGAGAAGCUCAAAGCCAACGAGUUCACGGAAGCUUUACGCAUGGCCAAUGAGGGGCUCCACUUAGUCCCCAACGAUCGGAGCUUGAAGAUGUUCAGAGCUGAGGCUAACCUGCGCCUGUCGCGCUUCGCCGACGCUCUGACAGACCUCGACUACCUCUGCUGCCUUCACCCCAGCUGGACGGAGGGCUACUUUCGUAAAGGGAAUGUACUGCUCGAGAUGGGCCAGCAGAAAGAAGCCCUCCUUCAGUUCCACCGAUGCCUAAAACUCCAAGCCGACUUUGCUCCCGCGAAGAGCCAGAUCAAAAAGAUCCUGGAGCUCGAGGGAAUAGCGAUGCCGGAAGAGGUGACGUGCGCUUUGCAAGUGGUGUCCGAGUACCUGAAGGAGCCCUGCCCCAUCACCAGCCUCAGCGGCUCCCAGGGGCCCACACAAGGCGAGGGCAAGCAUCCACACGGAGGGAGGAGAGAGGGACAUCAGGGGCAGAUGAAGCACGAUGCAGGCACCGAGUGUUGCCUGAGCCUCUGCCAAGCUGUCUCCUUCCUCCCUGCUGCUGAGGAGGACGAGGAGAUGAUGAUGAGGAAGGAAGAAGAGCACGGCAGGGGUGAGAGUAAAGCGCACAAGGAGGAGACGCUGGGAGUUCUCUCCGUGUCAGACUUUGAGUGCCCUCUCUGCAUUAGGUUGUUUUUUGAGCCAGUCACGACCCCCUGUGGUCACACCUUCUGCAAGAACUGCAUCGAGAGGAGCCUUGAUCACAACCUCCGCUGUCCACUCUGCAAGAAUCCGCUACAAGAGUACUUAAGAAACAGGAAGUACAACCCUACAACUCUGCUCCAGGAAAUUAUGACCCAGCUUUUUCCCUCUCAGUUGGCCGAGAGGAAACAGGUCCACGAUGCAGAGAUGGCCGAGCUGUCCAAUCUUACCAAGGACAUCCCCAUCUUUGUGUGUACGGUGGCCUAUCCAGGCGUGCCCUGCCCACUGCACAUUUUUGAGCCUCGAUAUCGGCUGAUGAUGCGUCGCUGCAUGGAGACCGGCACCAAGAAGUUUGGCAUGUGCAGCUACGAGCACGGCAAAGGGUUCGCAGACUACGGCUGCAUGUUGGAGAUCCUCGGCCUGGAGCUGCUGCCAGACGGGCGAUCUUACGUGGAGACGGUGGGCGGCCGCAGAUUCAAGGUGCUAAAGCGCGGUCAGAGGGACGGCUACAACACCGCCGACAUCGAGUACCUGGAGGACAUCAAGGUCGACGAGAGCGAGCAGGAGCUGCUGCAGCACCUCCAUGACAGCGUGUACCAGCAGGCCCAGGACUGGUACCAUCGCCUCGGCAGCCGCAUCCGCGAGCAGAUCAACAGACAGUACGGCAGCAUGCCGGAUAAGGAAGAAAAUAUUCAGGCCUCUGCCAACGGUCCGGCGUGGUGCUGGUGGCUGCUGUCCGUCCUCCAGCUGGACCCGGCCUACCAGACCACCGUACUCUCCCUGACUUCCCUCAAAGACCGCCUGGGACACCUCCGCCUGGUCCUGGAGUACUUCUCUCAGAGCUAAACACCCCGAGCACAGUGGCCGGUCGAGGCCACAACUAGCCGACAGUCAAAUAUCACGCACACACACACACAAACGCGCAGAGUGGAAUCCAGCGAACGCACGCACAAUAGCCAGUCUGAGGCUGGGGCGGUUUUAGAGUCGCGCCCGGACAACAGCUCCAGGCUACAGCAGAACGCAAUGCAGAGUUGUUAGUUAGUUUUUUUUUUCCGUUUUUGGCGUUGUUUGAGUUUGGGUAUGUUUUCUUUCUUACACCAGAAUGACCAAAGACGCGGCUUACUUCGGGUCAUCAAGGGUGAUUGUUUGUGUACAAAGAAUUUUUAAAAAAAACUACAGUAAAUCAGUUCAUUUUCAAGUAAUAUUAUUGAAUAUGGACACUGGGUGUUACUGAUUGUUUUGGGUUGUGUUUUUUUUCCUCCAGUCAUGCCAUGAAACAGCUGGAUAAGGUAUCUGCGCGUGUGUUGCCUGUUCCUGCCGGACUUUUUGCAUUAACGGCUAUGUUUGGAGUGAAGAUAGACCAUAAUAGCAGACAUUAUGUGAAGAAAUACUUUUGCGGACUGGCACACGGCCGUGUUCACGUCCAUGUGCUCCAGGUAAUCACGUUGGAAAUGUUGAGUGAUUGUCCUUUGCUACAAGCACUAUUUCCUUGUAUGUUUCUUAGUGUAAUCCUAUUGGCCUUGGCAGCCAUUGAGUGUGGCUCAUUUUAUUCUUAGACAAAAAAGACUCCUUUAGUAUUAAACAUUGCAAUAAUAAUGAUAAUAAUAAUAAUUUGUUGUCCCACAUCACAGCGUCUCUGCUUAGUGAUGUUUGUGGAUGUUGUUCAGAGGCGGAGAUCACCCACCGGUAGGCAACUUUUUCCACAUUACAGCACUGAGAGGUUGGGGUUUGUGAAUGGGUUUUAUAACAGCUAUGGUCAGCAGGAUGACCUCUCGGCCAUCGCUGCUCAGCAUCGUACGCAUGUGCGUCAGGUGUAACUAAGUCGUCGAUGUUGUUCGCCAUUUUUCACUAGCGGUUGUUACUUUUUUAAGAUUAAGCGUGAGGUGUUUUUCGACACUGAUAACAGCCACUGCAACGCUCGCUCCUUCGAAAUUGCAAGAAGCCGCGUUGCCAUCUUCUGCCGAGGCAGCUGGAAAAAUAAAUAGGCUAUGACUAUUUGGUUCAGGUCCGACUAGGGACCGCCACAUAGGCCACGACACCUACCUCCGGCUCUUACUCCGUCUCCUUCUUUGUCCGGCCGGUCGACCACCAGUCAUGGUGCCUUCGAGUGCCUCGGCCAUCUCAUCAGGAGACCUGCAAGUCUUAGAGUUUCUGCGCGACUGGGAUGAUGAACUGUGUGAUUUCUAUUGAUGUAGUGCUACAUUCCAUGGAAUGUUAAAGCUGAGUUAUGUAAAGAAUUAUUUACUAACAACCACGGGCUUAACUGGGUGUUUUUUUUUUUUUACUUCGAUAAAUGUGCCAUAGGUAUUCCUGUGUUAAAUAUGCUAAAUAGGAGUAGUCCCCGUGCUUAUGUUCAUCUACAUCUCAGAUUCCUCUAACUUAGGCCUUGACCCUCAUGCCUUUUGUAUGAUGGGCAGUAAAUUACCCCCCUGUAAACAUAUCACUUACAACAAUCCAGCACAGUCAAACAUACAGUGUACAGUGAGUACGAUGGACAAGAGCAGCCCUUGCUCCAGUAGGUUUCUCCUUUUUAAAAAAGGCUGGGUAGGUUUUUUUUCACAAACCUGCCAUCAUACUUCCAUCCACCAGCCAUCAGGUAGUUUUCUUAAAAACAUUACAGAACACUUAAUUACACACGAUUGUGUAACUAAGGUCACAAUAAAUAUCCAAACUUAGAUUUAAUGUAUCGAUAAUGAUUGUUUGCUGCUAAUUCCGCUGUGCGUUUUUCAGACUUGUAAGAUUUUCCUCUCAGUCACACCCCUGCAGAUGUGCACUGGCUUUAGCUUCUGUUAGAUUUAGCUCUCAGAAAGAGUCGUACAACAACCUGAAAACCAUUUUCGCUCGGUCUGCACAGCGCGCAUUAAGACAGCCACUCCUGGUUCUCUCCCACUGGAAAGUCUUAGCUCGUCCGCUCGGGAAAAGUUGUGGGAGGCACCUUGGUGGCACAUUCGUGGGAAAUCUUGGCCACACCGGCAUGACGGUCAGUGGUCACUCUCUGCACAGUUUUCAAAUACCUGUCUGUUAGUCACAAGUACAGUUCAAGCCACUGAGAGUGCCGUGGCGUCUGUUGGAUUCCUUCGCAUUAAUUCAUCCACCUCAAAGCCAACAGCAGGAAAUGAUCUCAAUCGGAUUAUUGUUUACUUGCUUGCUCCCUGGAUGACUUUGUAAGUGUUAUAAUAAAUAAAUAUUAUCAAAA